AUGAAUGAUAAAAAUAAUGUUGGUGCUGCUACUGGUAUGGAAGUUCCGCUCCAAAUUUGUCGAAAAAAUGAUACAACUAUAGAUACCACUGAUGCUUUCACAACUUCAGAGAGAUUUGUCACACGGGAAGAAGUUAUCCGUUGGGUUAAAGAGACUGGAAUUAACAAUAAAGUGACCGUUAUUAUCACGCGUUCAGACACCGAAACAGGCAAAAGAGGAAGAAGUAACAAAGUGAUAUUUGGGUGCGAUAAAGGUGGAAAAUAUAAGGAUAAAAGUGAGACUCAAAGUGCUACUAAGAGAUGUGGAUGUCCAUUCAAAAUCAGAUCGACUCCGGCAAAAGAUGGGUCUGGAUGGAAGGUUGAUGUAAAGUGUGGAGUUCAUAAUCAUGGUUUACCAGAUAGAUUAGAAGGUCAUUCAUUUGUUGAGCGAGAUCCUGAGAACGUCACUCGGAUCACGCAAAUAUACAAGCAUAAAAGUGUGAUUGAAGCGGAGAUAAGAGGUCCAAGAAGUGAGAUACAACAUUUGCUUAAGCUUAUAGAGGAGGCGAACUAUGUUUAUUGGAGUAGGAAACGGGAUGAUUGUGAAGUUGUGAGAGAUAUUUUUUGGGCUCAUCCAGAUUCGGUAAAGUUGCUGAAUCUUUUUCCUACUGUCUUGAUUAUGGACGCCACUUAUAAGACCAACAAAUAUAGACAACCUCUGUUUGAAAUAGUUGGUAUGACAUCGACCGAGUUGACAUUUGCGAUUGCAUUUGCUUAUAUGGAGUGCGAGCAGACAGAGAGUUAUAUUUGGGUCUUGGAUAAGCUGAAGCAAUUGUUUGUGAAGAAAGAUGUGGUUCCACAAGUGAUUUUGACGGAUAGAGAUCUUGCUUUGAUGAAAGCAGUUGAAGUUGUUUUUCCUACGACGCAUAACUUGCUAUGUCGUUUUCAUAUUAACAAAAAUGUUGGGAUGAAAUGCAAGGAAUAUGUGAUGAAAGACAUGCAAGAGACAAUAGGCACAUUGGUUGAAUCUGCACAUUGGAAGCUAAAGCAGAUGAUAGGAAACAGCCUUGGUGACAUGGUCAAAGUUUGGGAAGCUAUGAAUUCUAACCUAAAAAUCCAAAUAGGUAACAUUCGAGCUUCGUUUCAAAAAAAAUUUUAUGAGGUUGAGCACGCACACAUUAGUCCAUUUUAUGAUAAUUUGCGUGGUUCAGUAUCGAGAGCUGCUUUGAGACGCAUUGCAGAAGAGUUAUUGAGGCUUGAUUAUGUGUUAAAUAGUAGGGAAAUAUGUGGUUGUACUAUGAGAACAAGUUAUGGGCUACCUUGUGCUUGUGAAAUGGGAAGAUUGAUUGUUGUUGGAACCCCAUUACAAAUAGAAAGUGUUCAUCUUCAAUGGAGGAUACUAUCUAUGGAAGGUGACUUGCCUUUAGACGAGGAAGCUGGUUCGGAGGUUGAUAUGAGUAAUGCAAUUGAUGAAUUGUGGAGAAGGUUUAAAUCACUAGAUGUUGUUGGAAAAAUAGCAUUGAAAAGUAGAGUUUGUGAAAUUGCAUAUCCCACAACAACUUCAUUGUGUCCACCACCUGAGAAAAUAAAAACUAAAGGCGGAGUGAAGAGGAAAGGGAAGAAACCAGUUGGGUAUGAUGUUUAUAGGGAUCCUUUAGGUUUUGAGUAUGCUGAUCAGGCGUCUCAAUCUUCACAAAAACAAUGGCAAGCAUCACAAACUUCCAGGAAGCAAUCACAGUCAAAGAAGCAAUCACAAUCAAAGAACCAGGAUUUCACUCUUCAGUUUCCUUGUCAUAUUAGGCCAUAUAUUACCGAGAUAGUUAAUGUUAUAGUAGAUGGUAAUUGUGGAUUUAGAGCCAUUGCAUCGUGGCAUGGGUAUAGUGAGGAUGGUUGGGUAAUGGUUCGUCGUGACUUGGACCAGGAAUUAAGAGAAAAGAAGGCUUCCCACUGCCACCCGUCACGUUAG